AUGCCUGGAGAUAGCAAAAUAACAUCAACAGGAGAAGGCAAAACCUAUAUUACAUUACAAUAUCUAUCCCGACUUGUCUUAUGGAUUUAUUUUCGAAACAUUAAAGUAAUAUGUAAAGGCUCGAUACCAGCAGAGGGCCCAUUACUAGUAGCAGCCAACCAUUCAAAUAUGGUGUUAGAUCCCAUCAUACUCAUUGCAACAUUUCCACAUUCCCGACCAUGUCAUUUCUGGGCGUUGGCAAGAUUCUUUCGUAUACCAUUUGUGGGGAAAAUAUUAAAAGCAGCAGGUGUGUUACCAGUGGAUACAAAAACACAUAGCAAUGCCAAGCUAUUCGAGCAUACGAUUCAAGCAUUGGAUAAAGGAAGUGUUGUGGCUUUAUUUCCUGAAGGUACCUCAUAUACAGCACCAAAUCACUUACCUUUUAAGGAUGGCAUCUCUUGGGUUACCUUUGAGUACCUUACACAGUUAGCUGAAAAAGCAAAAAAUCAACCACAAGAACAACCCCAAAGCAUAUCCAUUAUACCAGUGGGAAUCACCUAUAGUAUAAAGAAUAGAUGGAGGAGUGAUGUCAUAGUUGAGUAUAGCGCCCCUAUUGUUAAAUCCACAUAUGAUCUGGAAGAGUUUUACGAAGAGCCCAAAAAAUCUGUCAAAAAUUUGACGGAGUUUAUUGCAAAGGGUGUCGAAUGUAGUACGAUCAAUGGCCCGGAUUGGGAUACUACAAAUGUAGCGAGUGCAGCACGAUUCAUUUUGUUCGGAAAGGUCAGCCUGGACAAAUACGUUCGUGUAACUCAAAGUCUCAUCGCGAUUCUCAACAACGAGGACAACGAAAAAAAGCUCUACAUCAAAGAACGUUUUGAAUUGAAGGAAAGGCUACUACUCUUCUCAAAUCAACUCAAAAGCCUUCGAUUGGGUCCUGGAGAUAUCAAUCUUUAUGAAAAUAAGGCUAUUACGCUCACGCGAGCCUCAUUAAGACUCAUUUCAGCGUGGAUGUCCUUAGCGAUACAGAUACCCCUUUUUUUACCUGGACUCAUUAUCAAUUCACCAUUUUACAUUAUGGGCCGUGUCAUCGAUUCCUACGAGCCUUAUACAGAAUCCGUAUCUCAAGAUAAAGUCGUAUUCAGUGUUAUUCUAGCUGUACCUGUGUAUGGCUCUUUAAUCUUUGUACUAUGGAAGUCAACAGGUUAUGCAUUAUCCAGUCUCUGCUGCGUAUUACUUUUAUUACCACUCUUCACUUGGUACCAUAUGGCGCUGAUCGAUAAGAAUUAUGACAUGUUGAAACAAGUUAUUGCAUCGUGGCGAAUUUUCAUAGCCGUUUUGACUGGAACAAGGAUGAAAUUGGCACAUUUUGUCAUGAAGAGUGACAGGACAGAAAGCAGAGCAGCCUUGGAGAAUUGCGUUCAUCUACGUCGAUAUUGCCGAGAACAUUUAAAGCAGCUUAUACUUAAACUAGUUGAAGAAGGCGAUAGUAAUGCGAUUUAUUUGAUGGAAUAUGAUACCUCUUUGAAUCAAUCCUCACAAAAUUCUGCGAAGUAA